UUCUCUCUAAUACUCAUUGAUCACAAUUAUGGCGUCUGCUCACUUGUCAGGUGGUAGAGUAAACAUUGGAUUGAUUCAAGAACAAGCGAGGAAACAAUUGUUGGAUUUACUUGAAAAAUGUGACGGAAAGAAGACCAUCAUUUGGGAUCAAUCUCUUGCAGGACCUAUUGGUCUUGUUGCAACGUACAGUUUACUGCAGGAACAUGGACUUGAAAAAAUGUAUCCACUUCAAGGUGGUCAAUUACCCCCAACAAAUGUUAACAAUAUUAUAUUCAUUACCAGACCUCACUUAGACCUUAUGGAUUUAAUAGCCGAGAAUAUUCAUGGAGAAGGAAGCAGAUCGCGUAAGGAAUUUCGCUUGUUCUUUGUACCUCGAAAAACUCUACUUUGCGAAAAGAAGUUGCAAAACCGUGGAGUUUAUGGCAGCUUCGUAGUUAUAGAGGAGUUUGCAUGCGAUCUAUUUCCAUUUGACAGUGAUUUACUGUCGAUGGAAUUAAGUAGUGCCUUUAAGGAAUUGAAUUUAGAAGGAGAUCCAACUUGCUUAUAUCAAGUAGCUCAGGCUAUACAAAGUUUGCAACGAUUAUACGGAAAAAUCCCAAAAGUAACUGGAAGAGGUCCUGCUGCAAGUAAAGUGUGGGAAUUAUUGAAGAGAUUGAGCCGAGAAGAAGAAGACGUUAAAGUGGACAAUUUAACAACCCCUGUGAUCGAACAUUUAUUGUUAUUGGAUCGAUCUGUGGAUCUGUUGUCACCUUUAGUUACACAAUUAACCUAUGAAGGCUUGAUAGAUGAAAUAUUUGGAAUAAAUAACAACACUGUACAAUUACCUGCCCAAAAGUUUCAUGAUUCUGAUGAUUCUCCAACAGUAAUGUCCCUUGAUAAGAAGGAACAAAUAAUUCUAAAUUCAGGGGAAGAAUUAUUUACUGAAAUCAGAGAUAAAAACUUCAAUGGCGUAGGACGGGUACUUAGCAGCAAAGCUAAGGAAAUAUCAUUACAAUUUGAUGAAAGGCAUGGUGACAAAAGUGUCCAAGAAAUCAAGCAAUUUGUUGCAAAGUUACCACAUAUGUUAGCAAUGAAACAGUCUUUGGCAAGGCAUACUACAAUUGCAGAAAUGGUAAAAGAAGUGACCGAUUCUAGUAAUUUUCUUGAAUCACUGCAAGUUGAACAGGAAUUAUUAAAUUGCAUUGAUACUGAUAAACCCAAUCCAUUCAUUGAAGACUGCAUAGCACAACAGCAACCUCUUCUAAAAGUCCUUCGUUUACUUUGUAUUCAGUCCUUGACCAAUUCUGGUCUAAAACCGAAAUUAUUAGACUAUUAUACAAGAGAAAUUAUACAAACAUAUGGUUAUCAGCAUCUUCCAAAUAUAUUGAAUUUAGAGAAAGCUGGUCUCCUAAAAACGCAACAGUCUGUUAGACAAUAUGCUGUUUUAAGGAAAGCUUUAAGACUUACGGUUGAAGAUGAAAGUGAGAUAGCACCGAAAGAUAUCAGUUACGUACAUUCGAUAUAUGCGCCAUUAAGCGUCAGAUUGGCAGAACAACUUACUCAACCAGGUGGUUGGCAAGGACUUAACGACGUCUUUGGGUUGCUACCAGGACCUACUGUUAAUAGUUCCUCAACUAAUACAACUUCAACAUUGACAAGACGAAAUUCAAUUACCAGCGAAGAAUCAAUUUCUGAAUCUCCUAAACUAGUACUAGUAUUCUUUAUCGGCGGCUGUACAUGUGCAGAAAUCUCGGCACUUCGAUUUCUCUCUCAGCAGGAUGAUUUAAACGUCGAAUUCGUCAUAGGAACAACAAAAUUAAUCAAUGGAAAUUCUUUCCUUAAAUCUCUUAUGGAAGACAUGGAAAAUGAACAAUGAAUAUCAUUUAUUUUACUAAUCUGUUGUCAAUGUUAUUCAUUAAAAUAUACAACCCUUUCAUUGUUAGUAAGUCUUAAUCAAAGAAGUGUAUAACAUUAUAUUCUAAUAUUCUGGCACGUGUAUGAUAAUUAUUAAAGACUCAAAUUUACAGAAUA